AUGGAUCAGCACAAGCGAGGCAAGAUGCAAGAUGCUCUGCGAUCAUGGUUUAUCCUCACACAAAGAUGCAAGCUGCUAGGAGUAACGAUUGAAUCGAUCUCGCACCAGGCUGCAUGCGCAGAAUUGCAACAGCUGGUAGCAGAAGCCGACGCCUCAGACAAUCCAGCAAGCUCUGCGGCUGGGCUGUACAAGCGAAAGCAAAGACUCAAAAGGUGGGCAGGAUGUGCACCAGCUCGAUUCAAAUUGUCGCGUCGCAGUCAGAACGGUGCUGUUACUGCAGCUUUCGUGGACGCUCAAGAUGCAGCGGGCCGUCGGUCCUCGAGAGUUGCAGCCGAUGGCUCAGCCGCACAUGAGAGCCGAGAGAUGCCUAUCCAUCCAGCAUCGGGUCUGUCAAAGAUGGAUGGCGAUGCGGCUUGUACAACGGUAGUCUCUGUGGAAGACUUGUCGAGACUCACGCAUCUACGUGCGGAUGACAUUGUGCUCGCCUUGCACGAGUCUGAGCUUGUUGAUCCGGCCAGAACGCCGUAUUUGCACACGACGGAUCAGAUUGUUACUGUUCUACUGUUUCUCCAGCCUGCUGGCAGGAGACACGUUCUCAUCUUGUUCUAA